AUGGAAGCUUCGACGGCCCAGCCAACCCUGCCGGCCCUGCCUUUCUCUGGGCAGAUGGGAAGGCCCUGGGAUGCUGCCGAGAUUCAGUGCGCUGGAUGUGGACGUAGGGUUUCCAGAGCUGCCGGUAACCACCAUGACCUUCAGUGUGGACAUGCUUUUUGUGAACUAUGCUUGUUAAUAACUGAAGAAUACAGCACAAUUACAUGCCCUGAUUGUGAGAUUGCUACAACUAUAAAUAUGAGACAAGGAUGCUACCCAAUAGAUGGGUGUAUUAAAGAAGAUUCUUCUAUGGAAAAACUGCAGCCUCAAAUGAUAAAGAAUUGUUCUCAGGACUUUAGAAAGGCUGCUGAUCCCCUGAAUUUUGCUUUAGAACUUUCAACAUCGACACACAGGACUCUCUUGAGCUCAACUGUAAUGGCGGAGACUAAAACCUCAGAAGAAAUUGAUGAAGCAUUGAAGAUAGCAAGCUAUACUUCUGAACAAUUAAGUAUCGCUGUAAAAAUGCUCGAACACAUAUACAAUCAAACAAAAGAGGAGACAGUCAGUCUUAUAGAGGUUCUAGAGAAACAGUUUGCUCAACUUUUUAUUUCUCUUGGUUCCAGGAAAAAGAACCUGUGUGGAGAAGUAGAAAGAAAUGCAGAUGAUUAUUUGUCAAAUGUAAUAAUGGCUAAAAGUAACAUUGAAGAGAAAAAAAAUGACUUGGAUGCAGCUAUGAAGAUAGCGAGAGAGUUAAAGUCAGCACCUUCUCUGAGGACCUGCUGUGACUUGAAUCAGAUUAUCAGGACUUUGAAGUUAACAUUUGAGAGAGAAUUGUUACAAGUUAGCUCUCUAAAACUAAGAAACUCUCCCAAGUUGAAUAUGAAUUGCAGUGAGAUCAUCUGUAUGUUCAACGAUGUGGGAAAGAUUGAAUUUGAGGACUCAACAAAAUGUGAUCCCCAAGAAAAUGAAACUGGACAGAAUGUUCAAAAUAAAUAUAAUCACAAAAAGGAAUUUUUUUGUCAUGAUGCAUACCCAUCACCAAGGGAAAAAAAGGUUGACAUGUCUGUCCUAACUAAUGAAGCCCCAGCCCCUCCUCUGCAACUGGAAACCAAUAAAGUGCAUUUAGAAACUGAAGACUUCCAGCCACAGAAGGAGGUUGUUGCAGCAUCCCCUAAAACCAUCACUGCUUUACCUCAGAUGGGCUCUAGCCCUGAUGUGAUAAUUGAAGAAAUUAUUGAAGAAAACCUGGAAAGUUCUCCAGAGCUAGUUUUUGUAAGCCAUGUAAUACAUCCUUGCCACUUCUACAUUCGGAAGUAUUCACAAAUAAAAGAUGCAAUGGUAUUGGAAAAGAAGGUGAAUCAAUUUUGCAAGAAGAGUUUACACUUUGAUCCUUCAGAUAUCUUGGAGCUAGGUGCAAGAAUAUUCGUCAACAGUAUUGAAAAUGGAAUGUGGUGUCGAGGAACUAUCACUGAAUUAAUUCCAAUAGAAAGUGAAAAUAUUAGAAAACUUUGUAAUCCAACCAAAUUCCCAGUUAGUGAAGUUGCACUGAUACAAAUAUUCAUGGUAGAUUUUGGAAAUUCUGAAGUCCUAAUUGUUCCAGGAGUUGGUGAUACCCAUGUAAAAUCAAAACAAAUGGCUGAGCAGCAGCAUAUAGUACUAAAUGACUUAUGUCUGGUUCUAAGGAAGUCUGAACCAUUUAUGGAAGGCCUGCUGAAAAACAUCCAGCCAUUAGCACAGCCGUGCUCAUUGAAAGACAUUGUUCCACAGAAUUCAAAUGAAGGCUGGGGAGAAGAAGCUAAGGUAGAAUUUUUGAAAAUGGUAAAUAACAAAACUGUUCUAAUGAAAGUUUUUAGAGAAGAAAAUGGUGUGCUUAUUGUAGAUCUUCAGAAACCACCAACAAAUAAAAUAAGCAGUGAUAUGCCUGUGUCUCUUAGAGAUGCUUUAGUCUUUAUGGAACUAGCAAGGUUUAGGUCACAAUCACCAAGAAGUCACUCUGAAAAAAAUACAGCUCUCCACUAUCAUCCACCUAUUUUGCCUAAAGAAAUGACAGAUGUUUCAGUUACGGUUUGUCAUAUAAACAGUCCUGCUGAUUUCUAUGUUCAGUUGAUAGACAGCCUGGAUUUUUUAUCUGUAUUGAACACAAUUGAGGAAUUCUAUAAUAGUGAAGAUGGGGAAAAUCUGGAAAUCCUCUGUCCAGUUCAAGAUCAAGCCUGUGUAGCUAAAUUUGAAGAUGGAGUUUGGUACCGAGCAAAAGUCAUUGGAUUGCCUGGACAUCGUGAAGUUGAAGUUAAAUAUGUGGACUUUGGCAACACUGCAAAAAUAACACUUAAAGAAAUGCGUAAAAUAAAGGAUGAGUUUCUGAAUCCCCCAGAGAAGGCAAUUAAAUGUAAGCUGGCCUAUAUCGAACCAUGUAUAAGGACAGUGCAGUGGUCCAAAAAAGCUAAAGAAAAAUUUGAAGAAAAGACUCAAGAUAAAUUUAUGAAAUGUUCAGUCAUUAAAAUUCUGGAAGAUAAUGUGCUCUUUGUUGAACUCUUUGAUUCUCUUGGUACUCCUGGAAUAACUCCUACUAGUAUUAAUGACCAGCUUGUCAAAGAGAGCCUAGCAUCUUAUGAAUCAGGAUAUACCCUCAAAGAUAAUUCCCAAAAGCACACUGAAGUGUGGGAUCCUUCUCCAGAAGAAAUUAUUGCAAAUGAAGUAAACCACUUAAAUCCUGUGUCUGUAAAAUCUCUACAUAAUGAGAAUCUCCAAUCACUUUAUAAUAAGGAAGUGCCUGUGCAUAUCUGUAAUGUAGUAUCUCCUGAGAAGAUAUUUGUUCAGUGGUUAUUAACAGAAAAUUUACUUAAUAGUUUAGAAAAAAAGAUGGUAGCUGCUUAUGAAAACUCAGAAUGGGAACCUGUUAAAUGGGAAAAUGGUAUGCACUGUGCUGUUAAGAUCCCAGAUAAAAAUCAGUGGCGAAGAGGCCAGAUCAUCAGAACAGUUACAGACACAUUGGUAGAGGUCUUGCUGUAUGACGUGGGUGUUGAACUAGUAGUGAAUAUUAACUGUUUAAGAGAACUUCAAGAAAACCUAAAGAUGAUGAGAAGAUUAUCUUUGGAAUGCUCUCUUGUUGAUAUAAGACCAACUGGUGGGAGUGACAGGUGGACAGCAACGGCUUGUGAUUGCCUGUCAUUGUACCUAACUGGAGCUGUUGCAACUAUGAUCUUACAGGUGUGUAGUGAAAACAUAACGUGGCCAUUACCUGUGAAAAUUUUCUGCAUAGAUGAAAAAGGAGAGCAUGUUGAUGUUUCUAAAUAUUUGAUUAAAAAGGGUUUGGCUUUGAGACAAAGGAGGGAAAAAAUUUUAGAACCAAGAACCACUGGAUGCUAUAAACCACCAGCUAUUCCUAACAUAAAAGUAUUUGAGGCAGUAGUCAGCUGCAUUGGUGAUGAUGGAACUAUAUUUGUGGUACCUAAAUUAUCAGAAUUUGAACUGACAAAAAUGAUGAAUGAAAUUCAAAGUAAUUUAAAAUGCCUUGGUCUUUUGGAGCCUUAUUUCUGGAAAAAGGGAGAGGCCUGUGCAGUAAGAGGAUCUGAUACUAUGUGGUAUCGAGGCAAAGUAAUGGAAGUUGUUGGUGGCACUAUCAGGGUUCAGUAUCUAGAUCAUGGAUUCACUGAGAAGAUCCCACAGUGCCAUCUUUACCCUAUUUUGCUAUAUCCCGAGAUACCCCAGUUUUGUAUUCCUUGUCAACUCUAUAAUACCAUACCUGUUGGGAAUGUUUGGCAACCAGAUGCAAUAGAACUCCUUCAGGAACUGCUUUCAAAGAGAGAGGUGGAAAUUCACAUUGUGGAAUUACCUAACAAUCCAUGGGGGAAAUUAUCUAUUCACCUCUAUUUUGAUGGAAUGUCACUUUCCUAUUUUAUGGCACACCAUAAGUAUUGUACUUCUGAACAUUCUGAAGAAAUAGUGAAAGAAAAACCAACAGAUUACAAAAAGUAUGAGGAGGAAAGUUGGGAAAUAAGGUUUGAGGAAUUGCUUUUGUCUGAAACGGAGACUCCUCUUUUACCACCUUAUUUGCCUUCAUCUCUGCCUCCCCCAAAAGAACUCUAUGCUGUUCAAGUUAAACAUGUCAUCUCACCUGAUGAAGUGUACAUUUGCCUUGAUUCUGUAGAAAACUAUAAUCUGUUAAGCCAGCGCAGUGACACAGACGACAGUGGGGUUGGCUGGGACUCUGAGAGCCUGGAGGAAGCCCUGCAGCGGUUUAACAAGGACGUGGAGACAUUCCCUCUGACCGACUUUAGGACAGAAAUGCCUUGCCUUGCAGAAUAUGUUGAUGGCUUAUGGUAUAGAGCAAAGAUUGUUUCCAUUAAAGAGUUUAAUCCUCUAACUGUCCUGGUACAAUUUGUUGACUACGGAUCAACUGAAAAGCUGACAAUAAACAGACUGUGUCAAAUUCCGCUUCACCUUAUGCAGUAUCCAGCCCGAGCCAUAAAGGUUCUCUUGGCAGGGUUUAAACCUCCUUUAAGAGAUUCAGGAAAGACAAGAAUACCAUAUUGUCCCCAAUGGAGCAUGGAAGCAUUGUGGGCCAUGAUAGACUGUCUUCAGGGAAAACAACUUUAUGCUUCUUCCAUGGCUCAGGCACCAGAACAAAUAGUGACAUUAUAUGAAGAUAAACAGCAUCCAGUUCAUAUGUCUUUAGUAGAAAUGGGGCUCGCAGACCGAGAUGAAUGACGUAUACAGUGCGGGACAUCUAUAGCAUCCCAGAAGAAAGUUUUCUGUCAUAUGUGACCAUUUCAGGCUUAUUUUUAUUUUUCUUAAUGUGUUCUGCAAACUGCUGGCCUUUUUUUUCUUGCUUACAUGUUGAAUUUUUAGAACUGUUUGAAAAAUGUUAAUAAAUAUUUGCUUUAAAAUGUUUUAUUUUACUAUGAUUUCAAAUCAGAUAUUUUAGGUACAUGAAAAAAUGUUCCCUUCAUCUUACAACUAAUGUAUAUUCAACUUACAUAAUAGGACACUGUCAGUACUAGCAAAGGCCCCGGGUGCUUUUCCAGUCAUUCUCCCACUGAGAAGAGAUGAACACUAUGGUGACUUUGAGGUUCGUCAUUCUUAUGUAGGUCUUCACAGUUUUACUGUGUAUGAAAGCAGCCAUAAAUAAGAUAAGCAUUGCUGAAUAUUUUAAGUGUGUGCAGUACCACACAAUUUUAUUUCCUCACUACUUUAUUUAUCCUGGUUAUCCAUGUUGGUGUGUGCGGCUCUAUUUAAUUCCCUUUCACUGUUACAUUCAUCUGUGCACAUGGUUAAUUCUGUUGAUAUUUAGUUGUUGUUUUUUCUCAAUUACAAAUACUCUUCUGUAGGACCCCAUGUACAUCUGAGUGGUUUUCUGUAUGUAUACUUAGUAAUGGAAUUUACUAGGUCAUGGGAUCAAUGCUUUCCAAAAGUGGUAUUACCAGUUUACUCACCAUCAGCAGUCUGGGUUCCUUGCCAACACAGGGUGAGGCCAGACCAUUACUUCCCAGUAUGUGAUACUAA